AACAUUGAGCUGUGAAUCAACCGCUGUUUGGACCCCACGAUUUAUGUUUUCCCCACUCACCAAUACACCUUAAAAUACCUAGUUCCCCACCUCAUUUUCCUCACUCAUCUCUUCAUUUGUCUAAAUCUUCAAACGUUGUUUGAUCAAUUGAUUCAGCAAUGGCACAAGAAACUGUGAAAACCGUUGCACAGUCCGAGACCCCGGCUGAUGUGGCCGUUGUUUCCGAGGUUCCAGAAGCCGAGAAGGUUGAAACGUGCGCAAAAGAAACUGUUGUUGCCGAGCCGGAGAAGGUGGCUGCAUCUAUUUCGUUUAAGGAGGAGACUAAUGUUGUUGGUGAGCUUCCUGAUCCACAAAAGAAGGCUCUAGAUGAGCUUAAAUUGUUGGUUCAGGAAGCUCUUAACAAACAUGAGUUUUCUGCUCCUCCUACCUCGCCACAAAAGGUGGCGAAGGAAGAGCAGAAAGCAAACUCCGCUGUGGAUGGGGAAGCUCAACCUUGUGAGAUUUCUCCCGUUCCAGCGGAGACUGAAUGCAAAGAAGAAGAAAAGGAUGCACCUCCAACGCCGGCUCCAGAGUCAGAGCCGGUGGAAAAGGAGGUGACGGAGGUAGUUAUGAAAACCGAAUCCGAAUCCUGUAUUGAUGAAGAUGGUGCGAAAAAGAUCGAAGCUAUACAAGAAACAAUCGUGAAAACCGAGCAGACUCAGCCACCUCCGCCACCUUGUGCGGCGGAGGUGACUCCGGUCUUGCCAGAAGAAGUAUCAAUCUGGGGAAUCCCCUUACUCGCUGACGAACGUAGUGACGUCAUCCUCUUGAAAUUUCUCCGGGCUAGAGACUUUAAGGUUAAAGAAGCCUUCACUAUGCUCAAAAACGUCGUCGCAUGGAGGAAAGAGUUCAACAUUGAAUCACUUCUUGAAGAAGAUUUGGGAACUGAACAAGAAAAGGUUGUUUACAUGCACGGAGUUGAUAAAGAAGGCCACCCGGUAUGCUAUAACGCGUUUGGGGAGUAUCAGAGCAAAGAAUUGUAUCAAGAAACGUUCUCGGAUGAUGAAAAACGAAAGAAAUUUAUCCGGUGGAGAAUCCAGUUUCUUGAAAGGAGUAUCCGAAAGCUAGAUUUCAGCCCGGAUGGAAUCUCGACCAUCGUUCAGAUCAACGAUCUUAAAUAUUCUCCGGCGCCGUUUAAGAAAGAACUCCGGCUAGUCUUCCAGUUGCUCCAAGAUAAUUAUCCGGAAUUCGUCGCAAAACAGGUGUUUAUCAAUGUUCCAUGGUGGUACCUAGCUUUCUACAAGAUGAUCAAUCCAUUUUUCACCCAAAGGACCAAAAGCAAGUUUGUUUUUGCAGGCCCUUCAAAGACUACUGAGACCCUAUUUAAAUACAUAUCACCUGAGCUGGUUCCAGUUCAAUAUGGUGGGCUUAGCAGGGAAGGUGAACAAGAAUUUACCACAAGUGACUGCAUCACAGAGGACUUCAUCAAGCCUUCUUGUGAGCACGUGAUCGAGCUCCCGGCUCCUGAGGCGUGUACAUUGGUAUGGGAAGCAAGAGUGGUGGGAAUAGGAUGUGAUGUUUCUUAUGGGGCGGAAUUCGUGCCGAGUGCAGAAGAUGGGUAUACAGUUAUUGUUCAGAAGUCGCGAAAGGUUACCGGCGACGAAUCGGUGAUUUGUGGGAGGUUUAAGUGUGGAGAAACAGGGAAAGUGGUGCUUACUUUCUUUAAUCAAAGCUCCAAGAAGAAGAAGGUGUUGUACAGGUUCAAGAAGGUGGCAUUUGAGUGAAAGCUUAUUUAUAUUGUUGUUCAACUUAAAUUGGUUUGGUGAAUUUAUUUGUUUGUUUGGUUGGUUGGUUGGUUUGUGUUAAUUAUAGUUGGGAUUUGAUGUAUGUGGAGUUUGACGUAUAGAAAUGGAUUUCGAGCAUGCCAUUAAUUUUGAA